AUGUCUGGCGGUGCCGUCUGCUGCCUCACCGUGGCGGCUGUCGUCCUGUGUUUGGUUGUAACACCACAGGCACAACCAAACGAUACCAACUUGAGCAGUCCAAACGGAACAUCGAACUCUUUACUCUCGGAAGAUUCAGACUCGGUUUUCGGUUUGUCUAACGUCAUAGAUUUUAGAAACAGUUCGGAUGUGGCGUCAACACAAGAGCCUCUCGACCAGACAAUCUCUACCGGUGGAGUGGGUCAAGUUGGUGGACAAACUGAAGACACGGGGCUAAAUUUGGAGCAAACGAGUACUGAUAUGACAUUGUCUACACCCGCAGACCAAUCCGAUAGAUUAGAGCACACACGAAGGGUAUCUGACGACUUGGUUUCCCCAGCACCAAGGGUACAGAACUCUGAUGGUAACCCGACACAGGAUCUGCCUGGCCAAGACAGCCACCCACGGGACUCUGAAGGUCCCCCGACACAUGAUCUGCCUGGCCAAGACAGCCACCCUCGGGACUCUGAGCCGGAAGUUGCUUUAAGGGUAGUUGACGGAAGCUCGGGCCGUGUCGGACCCACCGACCCCAGCCCAGUCAUCCGAGACCCGAAUUACUUCGUGCACUUCGAAUACGAAUUUUUCAGGGACGAAACUGCCUGUAUCGAAUAUGGGCGGUGCGUAGAGUGUGUACCAAGGUGCAUCUUGGACAUUGUAAUGAACUUUGACAAUCCCUGGCGGUGUAGGUGCAGGGUUGGCAACUAGGAAAAAUUAUCCUAAGCAGUUAAAGAAGACUUCGAAAUAAUGGUGUAUGAACUUUUAGGAAAACAACAUGCCUAAAAAAAUAUUUGAUAAAAAACUAGGUUUGGAAAUAAUUAAAAUGGUAAUAAAUUUUGUUCGA